GGUGUUCCACGCUACCAUUAUAAAAUGUUCUCCAGGUACUAAUUCAUUUAUUUAUAGGCAAAAAUUUCUCUCUCCAUCCCCCAGCCUCUAUUAGCUUCGUUCUUCACUUUUAUUUAGCAAAAGUUAUUUAUUUAGAAAAACCUUGUGUUAUAUAGUAUGAAAUUAUAUUAAGAUUAUGUGAUGAGAGAAAUGUAUGAAUUCGGGUCCAGUAGUAGUAGUAGUGAUGGUGGUGGUUAUUACUCCGAUGAUCAUUAUAAUUUUCAGGCGAUGGAAUAUAUUGAAUGGCCACCGCCGUUUCGCGACGGCACGGUUACAUUAGCAGUUGAUAGUUCUCCUAAUUUACAAGAAGAUCAGAAGAAUAUUCAAGCAAAGAUCUCUUCUCAUCAUUUGUAUCCUAUGCUUCUUCUUAGUCACAUCGAUUGCCACAAGGUUGGAGCACCACCUGAGAUUGUGAAUCUGUUGGAUAAUAUUGUCCAAGAAAAUGAUCUUUAUAGGAAAUCAAGCAGCAGCAGCAAUACUUCCUUAAAUCAAUUGAUGAUCACUGACGAUUCUGAGCUAGAUGAAUUCAUGGCAACUUAUUGUGAUGUGUUAGCUAAGUUCAAGUCGGAUCUGACAAUGUGUUUCAAUGAAUCAGCUACUUUUCUUAACAAUGUUCAAUCUCAACUUACCAAUCUAUGCACUACAACCAAUAUCUCAGAGAAAGGAGCAGAGGCCGUGGCAGAGGUGGAGGCGGAGGAGAGUGAUACAAAUGGUGGUGGGGAGGCUAAUAAUGAAAAUGAGCUGAAGGUUAGUAGCACUAGUGAUGAAAUGUGCAGGAGGAGGAGUGAAAUAAAAGAUAAGUUAAUGGGAAAGUACAGUGGAUAUAUAACUAGUCUAAAGCAUAAUUUUUGCAAGAAGAAUAACAAGGGAAAGCUCCCAAGAGAAGCAACAAAAAUAUUGUUCAACUGGUGGAAUACUCACUACAAUUGGCCUUAUCCUACGGAAGUAGACAAAGUAUUUCUAGCAGAAUCAACAGGUUUAGAUCCGAAGCAGAUUAACAAUUGGUUCAUAAAUCAGCGAAAACGUCACUGGAAACCUUCAGAAAACAUGCAAUUUGCUGUCAUGGAAACCAUACAUGGUCACUUUUCUCAAUAAUUUUUAGUAUAGGAAACUAAAUCAUUUUCAUGCAAUUAAUGUUUCCAUCAGAUGUUUUCGCCUAGCUUGCUAACAAAAAUUAUUGUUCUAAUAUCUUUAAUUAUGGUUCAACUCCAAGUCCCAUAAUGUUAUUGACAAAGUUUAUGUUGAUCA